AUGGAUGAGUCUGAACCACCGUCUGGCGUACCCCUCAACGAGGAGGUUGCCGUGGCCCGCUUGCUUGGCCACUUGCUUUCAGAGCUUGCGCUUUGCAUUCCGAAUGGGGCGUAUACGCUAGCAGCUGAGAUCGAGUCGUGUGAGGCGCGCGAGGAGCGUGUUGAGCUAGGUCAGCUGUACGCUCAGAAUCUCUUGGGUAUCUUCAGGCGUAGAGAAACUCCUGAGCCAUCUCCACACCCUUCCCGUACUUCGUUCGACAAUGCUGUCGACCGAUAUGCCUUACUGCUCCGAGAAGGAACGCUGGAUCCCGGGACGGCGAAGAUUCGAGCUCUGCAGCGAGACGGUUUCAAGUGCCAAGCCACAGGGCAGCUCGAUGAAAACUCGGUCUAUGCCGGUGUGGUAGAGUGGAACGCGGAUAGUGGUGGCAUCUGUUGCACCACGCUAUCACACAUUAUUCCACCAGCCGUCUUCAAGCAUAUUGAUACCAAGGUAUCGAACCGCUUCCAGGCGGCCACUGGUCUAACCAUUCUAGCAAGAAUCUUCGAUGAUGAGGGCCUUCCGCUAUUUGUGGACGGGCCAUGCAUACAUCGUUUGGAGAAUGUUUGGACAAUCUCUUCGACUAUUCAUGACUCAUUCGAUCGCCUCCAUUUAUGGCUUGAAGAGACAGAAGAGGAAGGGGUGUAUCAUCUGGAUACCCCUCUUGGUCCUGCGGCGUGUCCUGCGGGGUGUCUAGAAAAAGUGGAUCUUCGAUCAAGCGACAGCAAUUUACCGCCGCCUUCCAGGAACCUUAUUCGGAUACAUAGGCUCUGUGCAAAGGUAGCACAUAUGUCAGGUGCUGCAGGCUACUAUUGUAUUGACUGGGAUGACGACUCACCACGGAUCCCUCCCAUUGCGGCUGUGGAUGUGAUUGGUGGAGAACGCGAGUUCUUUGAGAAGCUCUGGCGCUUGAACCCUGAAGACUAACAAUUGCAUUCCGGAUCGCACGUACUUCAAAUCUUAUAGCACAUCACACAGGUACGACAAGUGUUUGUCACACUGCAUCACGGAGGCAACCGGUGAGGAGCCGGUGGGCUCGCCGUCUACGGCGUGGUGGGCGGCGCCCUCACAGAUAUACCGCGUGUCAUUGUUUAAC